AUUUGUCUCAAUACAUCAAGUUAUAAAUUACAUCCUUACACCUCCCAACAUAACUGAUAUAAUGUAGCUACUGUGUGCUUUGGGACACAAUAAUUGCGCUUACAUGCACAAACUUCUCGGAUUUUGAAUCAUGGCGGCCUUUUGAUGUUAGGACAGUGAUCACUAAUAUAUGAAUGGCGAAACGUAGGAGCCGAAUCACCUACGCCCCAAAGUCAAGGCGCAGAAGCCGUACAUCUGAUCGUAGUCAGUCAGCUGUGGAAUCAAAUGUACCGAGGAUAAAGGAAACAGAUGUUUUACCAUCGACUAGUCAAGAAAAGGUAAUCUCGUGGUUCAUUCUACAUUAUUCGGUUACUGAGGGAGCUUAUUUUUUCCACUUUAAUCCUUUGAAAUUCUAAGUGAAUAAUUUUGAGGACCUUAAACUGACUUCAUAGCCUUUAUUGGCUUGGUUGUGUCAGAAGGGAGUGGUGUUGUCACCCGCGGCAAGGAAGGGAGAGGGGACAUUUUGAAAAUGAGCUGGUUAUACUAUUGAAUAUCAAAAUAUUAGCGAUAGCAGUCAUGUAAUGAUGAUUGUUUUGUUUCGAUUUUAACAGAGUGAAAUUCGUUCUGCAAACGAGGAGCAUUUAUCUCCAUGCAGAAAUUUAAAGUCUAAAAGAACUGAAGGUACAGAGUUGAUUUUGUUGUCAAUGAUUGUUUAUAACAAGGUGCACUGAGAAAUGGCCAAAAAAUACUCGUUGUCCGAUCAAAACUCCUCCUCAUGCGGCAGCGAUAAUUUUUUUCAGUUUGUUUGGCUUUGUUCCCUUCCAGGUAAAUCUGGAAGAACACCCAAGAGUAAACAAAGAACAAAUCUAUUUCAUGAGAGAGGAAAAGCAUUGAGGGAUGAUGGAACGCCACAGCGCAUUCAGGAUAUAACUGUCACAAAGAGGACAUAUGCUAGAUGGAAGCCACUUUGCAUGUCAACAAAAACAUAUACUAAACAAGUCCUUGAAAACUUGAUUUUGUAAGUUAUGCUGGUUCCCUCAAAAAUAAACUGUAGGCUCAGGGGGGUCCUACACCAGCAGGAAAGAAACUUUUUAGUCAAACAAGUAGGGUCACAUUAGUGAGAGGUAACUGUCAGUGUUUUGAUAUUGAGAACUGAGCCAGAGUGCAUGUUUACUGUUCAAAAAAGGAAGGACAUCCCAAUUGUGGGUCCCGUUGAGAGUGUGUUAAUGGUCUUUGUCAAGAACUUCUAUGACCAUUGUAUAAAACCUUGAAAUUGUGAGGGAUAGUAAUGCUAACCAUUCAUGUUGAGAGUGCAAAGGCCUAGAAAAUUUUUGCAUUUUCCAAGUUGGUGGUGUUUUAAAUUAAUAAAGUUCCUCUGUUCACACAAUGAUUUCUUUUGUUUACCUUGGUUUUCCAAAAUCUACAUGCUCCACUCAAGCACUGCUGUGCCUCUGACCUUUUUUUCUGAUUGGAAAAGUUUGUUUUAAUUGGAAUAGUUAAGGUUGCUCUUGAAAAUAUUCUGUGACAACAAAUUUUAACCACAAAAUAAACUCAUUUGCAUCCCAUGCCUAAUAUGCUUGCAAUGAUUUUCUACUCUAUUGGGUACAAUCUUUAUGGCUUGGGUUAUCAAAAGGUAAUGAUGUUAAAUCUUUUUUUCUUUAUAGGAGUGUUCUGAAUGACUUUCCAGAUUCCAAGAAGAAGAGAGAAAUUCAGUUUCAUUUUCAGCAAAUAUCUGAAAGGUAAAUUUACCUUAUAGGGACUGAUCUUAGCCUUUUUUAGAAUCUAAACAUUGGCAUCAGCAUUAAUUUCUUCCACCAAUAAAAUGAACAUGAGAUUUAAACCAGAAAUUGUUUGAACAGGAUUGCGAUUAGGCUUGACAACAUCAAAGGACCAACCCAAAGAGGAGACUACACCAAAAUGGAAACUGAAUCAGUAAGUCAAGAAACAAGCAAACAAUUUUUAAAAUAAUGACUGUGAGUUAGUGGUACAUGAGUUACAUGAGUUUCCAGUGUUAUUUUUGAUUGAUUUCAACUCUUACCUAAAAAUGAUCAAAUUUUGAAAGAAUUUAAACUUUUUUUAAACACAGCAUGAAUUGGAAGAUGCAUUAAUUUCUUGUACUAAUCAAGUAAAUGCCUUGGAGAAAGAGUUAAAUGACCAGACAAGGUAAGGAAAAUUGUUCUUCCACUAUGACUACCCACAGAUACAUGUAAAUUCAGCUUAUUAAAAGUAUCCAAAAGCCUACCUUAGUCAGGCUGCCCACCUCCCUGUCUGUCUCUCAGUGUGUCUCUCUAGACAAAAUAGGUAUAGUUGGUGUACUUUGUCAUAUUGAAAUAACCAUCUUAUAUCUAGUAUGCUACAGGUAAACCUAUAGUAAGUGACACAUUAAUAAAUGGUCAUGCUGUAUUAAGUGGCCAGUUAUUGUAAUUUUCUCCUCUAUUCAUUCAUUGUGAAAAACAAAGAAAUUGCUUUCAAAAUUGAGAGAAAUUUGGAAACUUUUCACUUCCAACAUUCUCAUUCAGGCUUUUAGAACAGGAUGAAGAGAAGGUGAAAAGCUUCAGGGAUAAAAAAAACCAGCAAAACCAACCCCAGGUAGUUAAUUUCCCAUAUUUCUAAAAAUAUGUUAUUGACCGAAACAUGAAAUCAGCAAGGGCAGAUACUUGCCAGCUUUGUCUCGCAUAAAAUUUUAAGAGUACAAAGUAUUGUUGUUGUUUAUUCUCAGUCCGUAUAUUACAGCACACACACAGACACACAUAAUCAAAGGCCCCUUAGAGCUACCUCAUGGUAUGUUUUAGUUCUUCAAUUAAGUAGAAGAGAACUUUAACCAUUUGCAGUCUCCUUCCAAUAUUGCAUGAUAUCCAUAUACCCUUAAAUGACCUGGGCCCAGUUGUAUAAAGGGCAGAUAACACUAUCUGACAGAUAAAUUGCUAUCCAGUGGAUAACUCUUCACAAAAUGCAUUGUGCUAUUCACUGGAUUAUGAUAUAUCCAGUGGAUAGCAUUAUCUGGCAUUCAAACAACUGGGGCUAAAUAAUUAUUAACUUAAACUGCGUUAGCUGGAACACUAAAAAUAAAGCAUAUGCAUAUUCAGUAACAACAGACAAAAGAUAAGGUUUACUUAAAAGUCAGAUACAUUGAUGGCCAAACAGUAAAAAAAUAUCAUGGAACUGAGGCCACAUUGAUGCUAAAAAUUUGAUCUUUGCCUAAGCAACUAAUUAAAUUUAACUGUGCCUUAAAGUUCUGACUAAUAAGAUUCACAUUGCCAAACCAAUACUGAAAUAGCUCACAAGGUAAUUGCGUAAGAGAGUUAAAAUCCAGUGAAAUCUAUAAAAGCUCAAAACAAGCUAAAUCAGCUGCCAAAUCUGUGUAAAAUAUGCCAAAUUGCAGCCAAACAGAUAUGCAAAAAUCAACUUGGAGUCAAGAGUUAAAAUUGCUUAUGCAUGGCAACAAAAUGUUUCCAUAUCUAUCACUGAAACUUGUCAUCAUUGAUUUUAAGACUUUGAACCCCUCCUCAUUCUAAUUGAGUAUUCUUAUGCACAUUUCCUCUCUGUUUGUGACGAGCAGAAGGGUGUAUUUCAAUAAGGAUAGAGCAAAAAGAAGGAAAAACUAGCCAGAUCAUUUUAGCCUAGUGCCUGAGGACAAUUGCCAAUUGAUAACUCCAUGUAUUCAGGUAAAAAUUAUGGCAUUUGUAUAACCUUCCAGAUAUUUUAACAAAAGACAAUUGGAUAACUUUGGAGACAGUCUAAGCAAACCUGGUAGGGGAGGCGGGAGAUAAUUCAUUUAAUCCAAGUUUUAGUGUUUACAUUAAUUGUCUAACAGAUCAAAAAUAGAGUGAGUGAGUGAGUGGAUUUUUUCCUUCUACACCAAAACCUAACAGUAUGAGGCUGUUUCUAGUAUCUAGAAUGAAGAAGCUUUGGCAGUUGAGAAUUUAUUCUUUAUUAUGGCAAUUACCACACCAUUAUCUUUACAGGAAAUAAAGGUCAGGUUGAAGCCUAGGCUGAGAUUGAUUUAUUGAUAAAAUAAUAGUAAUAAUAAUAAAAGCAUUACUUAAAUACGAUAAAAUUACAGCAUAGCUGAUGUGGUAGUGUUUAAGUCAAGUCUAAGGAGUAAAAAGUAAAAAGAAACUACAGUUGUAAUUAAAACUACAAAUACAUGAUUAAAACAAGAAAUUUAAAGUUAUAUCCACUAAUAAAUUAAAAAGUGUAAAAUUUUGAGGGAAUUUUCUUAAUGGUUUGGCAACCAAGCUGGUCAUUCUCUCUUCAUUGGCAAGCCUUUUCCAGAGUACGGUACUCAUGUAUUGGAUGGACCGCUUGAUAUUAUCUGUCUCAGGUUUUGGAUUUUUGUAUAAACAUACUUGUUUUCUUAAACAGUACCUACUCUCAUGUUUUGCCAGUAAGUCUUCAAGAGGGCCAAGCAUAAACCCAUAACAACAUUUCUAGGCAAAAACAAGUAGUUGCUGAAGUAAAUGAGCCAUGAAGGCUCUCAUUUUUGUGGUGUUUGAAACAACUUCAGUCGGCAUACACAAAUCUAAGUGGAAAAUAAUUCUAGGGGCCCCUUGUGUGUAAUCGGUCAAGUUUAUCAAACAAUGUUUUUGCAAGAGCCCCAGAAUAUUGAUAAGUUAUGGAUGGUAAUAUUGUGUUGAAGUAGAAGUCUAUCCAAGCAUUGACAGGAAAGAAAUAAAAUGAUUUUUAAAAAUUGAGUUUCUAUACAAAAAUUUGGUCAAUUCCAAAAUUGAAAUCACUAUCAAAAUCACCACUCAAACAUCUGGCUCGGGUUGUUUGAAGGGUGGAUAACGCUAUGUUUUAUUAACACUUAUCUGUUGGGUAGGAUUAUCUGCCCUUUGAACAACUGGGCCCUAGUGGAGGCAACUUAAUUAAUAAUAGUAGAGCCAAAUUUUAUACCCUGUAGAGGGCCAAUGGAGGUGCUGUGUUUCAUUAAAAUAACCUCUGUCUUGCACAGGUGUGGUGCUAAAAAUUGUCUUGGUGCCAAUCAGUGAGUUUACUCAAAGUAAAAUUAAGAGAUGUGGCCACCAUGUUAGGGUUGGAGCUGGUUACGUAAAUAGUGAUGUCAUCAGCAUACAUUUGAAAUUCACCUUCGCAAUCAUCAACAAUAUCUGGUAAAUCAUUACAGAAGAGUGAAAAUAGGGAGUGACCUUGUGGAACACCAAAAGUAACUCUGUGUACACUGGAACUACAGCCAUUAAUGGUAGUAACUUGAUAUUGGUUGGCAAGAUAAUCCCUUAUCCACAACCAAAUGUCUCUGGUGAUUCCUAUGCCUUGUAACUUUUGAAGUAGGACAGAAUGCAAUAAGGAAUCAAACACUUUCUUAAUGUUAAUGAUCCUGAUUAUCUCGUUAUUAUCAAGUGCUUGAUUGAUUCAGUCGUUAAUUUUGUUUCUUUACUACACAGCUCCAUCCUCUGCUCCAAGUUGAGGCUCAAAACUCCUUAAAUCUACCAAGCUUGUCAAAUGAGGAGUGUAACUUAUCUACAGUGUUCCAGGCAAGUAUAUUGCCUGGCUAAUUAGUUAAAUUUUAUAAAUUUGAAGGUAAACAUUAAGUGAAAAUGUCUAGGAGUGUUGUAUGUAGGAGUGUUACUAUGGUUUAAGAAAAAGAGUUGAGUAAUGACCCUUUUAUCAACAAAAUACCCCUUCUUUUUCCUUUUAAUAGGUUGUAAACUUUGUAGAUUAAUUUAUGAUUUCUGCAACAGGUAUCCUCCAUCCUGCAAGGCAAUGGACAACGACUAGCUCAAGCACUAACCAAGCUGAAUGAUCAAACAGAAAAACUUGGCUUCAGAAACUGGCUGGAGGCUGUAUCUGAAACAACUCGUGUCUUACAUGAUUCUUAA